CAGAAGGAGAAGUAUUCAGCCCACAGUGUAAGCCUCAUGUCCAUGCUGAGUAAGCCUUAAGCGUCACGUGCAUGCAUGCGACUUUCGCGUUUCAACAUGACGCGCUGCUCCGCUUGUGAACUUGGACGCGUGCAACAACGAAGGCAAGGCUGCAGCUUCUAACACGCUCCAUUCCGCGUGCUCGAAAUCGACACCAUAAUCCUUUUCCGGAGAGUGUCAUCAUGAGAAGUUGACAAAAUGCCUGCUGUCGGUGAUCAACACAAGCCGAAUAGCAGCAGCACGGCAAACCCGUUCGAAGACCACAAACACACUAUCUCAGGAUAUACGGCACAAGAAAUAGCAACACUGCAGAGCAGACUAGAGAAACAGCUUGGACCCGAAUAUAUCUUGACAAGGGCAGGGCCUGGUGGCUCGAAAGUACCAUAUCUGCCGGGCGAAAAGGUCAUCAGUCUUGCAAACGAUGUCUUCGGGUUCAAUGGCUGGAGCAGUUCAAUACAAAACAUACAGAUCGACUUUGUGGACGAGAACCCACAGACUGGAAAGGUCUCAUUAGGCCUGUCAGUGAUCGUACGAGUUACCUUGAAAGAUGGAACUUAUCAUGAAGACGUUGGCUAUGGGACAGCCGAGAACGUCAAGGGAAAAGCAAUGGCUUUCGAGAAGGCGAAAAAGCAGGGCACCACAGAUGCAUUGAAACGAACGCUGCGAAAUUUUGGCAACGUGCUCGGAAACUGCCUAUACGACAAAACAUACCUGGCCAACGUCACGAAAAUGAAGACUGCGCCUGCGAAAUGGGAUCCGAACCAGCUGCACCGCCAUCACGAUUUCGCCAGCAAGAAGCCAGAAGAGGAAGUCAGACGCAAUCUGUCAGCUCCAGCGCGAGAAGUUUCAAAUGAGUUCGACGAUACUUUCGACGUGGACGACUUUGAGCUGGAAGACUUCGAUGCCAUUGAGAUGGCUGGUCCUGACGAGGUAUCGCUGUCUGCAGAACUAGAAGACGCGGUACGGAAACCAGUCAAUGGCGCUGCUGAACGCAUGCCACCACCGUCAAGGACAAACCUGACCACACCGUCCAAGCCGCCCGUGCCGAUACCUCGACCUGUAGCGACAAGAUCGGCCUCAGCCACUGCUCCAAACAUUGUGCCUCAACCACUACCCGGGCAGCGUGGCCAGGCUCUGCCGGCCCAAACUGCCAAAGCCCUCCCCAUAACAGAUUCCCGAAUGCCUCCCGUCGAACCUUCUCGGCCGCCAUCUCCCCAUGUACCUUCCGAGCACUUCCCUCAACAGCCAUCCGGCAGGAAUGGCCCAGCAACAGCACCGUCAGCUCGGCCCACUGGUUUCUACUCAGCCAGAGUUGCCGAAAAUAUUGAUGAACACAACAAUAUCACCGCUGCAGCUCCUCCAACCGCACUCAAGUUCAAUCCUCAUGCAGAAAGUCCAUCGAUCCGCAAGACAUCGGGUGUGGAUCACAAUAGAUCAGUUCCUCUAAAGCGCGAUCUGAAACCAGAUACCUCUCAAGUCACGACCAAUGUCAUCAACCCGCAAUUGGAUCAAGGUCGCAAGGUCGGAGCACCGAGUCCAAACAGUCUUGUUGGAGGCAUACGUGGUGGCACAUCUUCAUAUCGACCUCCUACGAGGCGAGGUCCUGAAAUGACGGGCGUUACUAUACAGAGUCCUGCAGAUGGCGGAUCAGAGCAGAAUUUACAGGCAGCCAGAAGAAUGCCCCUCGGUGAUGUCAGCAACAUCCAGCAUAGUGUUACGGCUGUAACUGUCGAUGGUGCAGAUGCGAAAAGGCAAAGAGUGCUGGAUCCUGGCUACGAGGGAGGAAAUGGUCCGGUAAACGAAAACAAGAACAGUGGCUAAAUGCGGUUGCUUGUGAGAAGAGCCAGGCUACACUUGUUGAACGACGAUUUUCUUUGGGCAAUAAUGCGGAUGAGCAUCAGUAGAAUAGCGUGGAGUUAUGAGGUACGAAGCAUUCUUCCUGAACUUGUUCUU